UUAAAGUGGGAAGUGAUUAACAUUAAAUUUUGUGCAAAUCUAUAAGAAGAAAGUAGCUCCAAAUUUAGAUACUAUCAAACUGUAGCAUUGACGGCUGUUCAAGUAUAAAUUUUCCUCCUCCUUAUAAACCCCCCGUCUUCUGUAUUGUCAGUUGGAAAGGGAAAUUUUUGUCCGAUUGAAGAUCUUCUCUUAGGUAUACAUACAUACAGUUGCUCCAAAUCUUCAGAUAUAGCUGAUGAAUUGAGUACUUAAUAGAUCAACAAACCAAUUAAUUAACCUAUCAAUUCACAAAGAUUUUCAAAGUCGGUGAUUUUGGAUUCAUUAUAAAGUGUUUUUCUUCUUCUUUUUCAAUGAAAAGGUGAAAAGGGUGUCCAUAUUUCUUGUUUUCUUGAAAAUUUGGGGUGUUGUAUCAGUCGUACAUGUGCUUAUUAAAGGUGGCGAACCCAGGAGAUUCCGGCGAGUAUGACAGAGUUCCGUCGACAGCAGGUGAUUCAGAAACUACAACCACUGAAGGAAUUCCUCAGACGCAUGAACAAUCACAAUCGUUCGAAGAAAUGUUACAGCAACAAAUACAGCAAGAAACAGAGUAUCUGAUGCCGACAUAUGCAAAUCCGAUGUAUACAGGGUACAGUCAGUCUAGGGAUAUGUCAGCAAUGGUGACGGCGUUAACACACGUCGUUUCCGGUCGGAGACAGGAAGAGUGGAGUUACAGGCCGGAAAUUAGCGGUGUUACGACGUCGUUUGGUGGUGGCGGUGGUGGUGGUUCGGGGACUAUUUAUUCGCCGAAUUCGCCGUCUUCUUCGAGUUCAGGAUCAUGGGCUGGACAGAAAAGAAGACGUGAUCAAGAAGAAAGUGUUACUGGAGAACAAGCUCAAAGGGGUUAUGGAGGUUUUGGAGAAUUUAGAAGUGGAGAAUCAUCUUCCUCUGUUAAACCUGAAGAAGCUACAAGCCAGGCAGCAGCACAAACGACCACCGCUGCAACGAGUGCAGCGGAGACACCAGCGCAACCAGGUGAAGAAACAGGGGAAAGGAAGAGGAGAUACAGAGGAGUAAGACAAAGGCCAUGGGGAAAAUGGGCAGCAGAGAUAAGAGAUCCACACAAAGCAGCAAGAGUUUGGUUAGGCACAUUUGAUACAGCAGAAGCAGCCGCUAGAGCUUAUGAUGAAGCCGCUCUUAGAUUCAGAGGAAACAGAGCUAAACUCAAUUUCCCUGAAAACGUCAGAUUAUUACCACCACAACAACAACAACAACCCACAACAAGAUUAGCCAUUUCAACCUCUUCCUCAUCAGCAACAGCACCAACAGCUUCGCGAUUCCAAUUAAUGUCUGCAACUCCAUCACCAUCACCGUCACCGUCACCGUCACCAUUUCUUCAAUUUUAUGAUCAACCUCAACAUCAGCAGCAGCAACAGCAGUUUUUUCAGAGUUCAGAAAUGGCUAGAGAUUAUUGGGGAUACUCACAAUUACUUCAAAAUCCAAUAGAUUUCCGUGGACAACAACAAUCUUCAUCUUUGUUAGAACAAAUGUUAUUAGCUUCAUCAUUGGGAGUGUUGCAUUCACAUACAUUUCCUUCUUCUUCAUCUUCCUCAUUAGCAACCUCAGCAGCUUCUUCCACUUCUUCCCCUGCAUAUCCCCUGUUUUACUCUGCUCAACAAUCACGCUUCUUUCAGCCACAAACUCAUCAAAAUCAAGGCAAUACCAGCAGCACCAGCUCCAAUUUUCCUCCACCUUUUUGUACUAGUUCCGGCCACUACCCACCUUCUUCUAGCUAAUUUUCAUACUUGUUACUUUUUUUAAUUUUAUUUUUUUAUUUUACAUAUAUAUUUUUUUUCAAAAAAAUUAAAUAAGAGUCGUAUCCUUUUUUUGUUUGUUUUGUUGUUGGGAUUUUGGUUUUUUGAUUUUCUUUUAUUUUGCAUUUAGAAGAGAUAAGAUUUGAUAUGAUUUUUUCGUCCUUAAUCAUGAACUGAGAUUUCAGAUUUGAA